AUGUGGUCACAGGUGAUGGAAAAGGACAACACAAGUUCUUUUGAAAGAUUCAUCCUUGUGGGCUUCUCUGAUCGUCCCCACCUAGAGCUGAUCCUCUUUGUGGUUGUCCUCACUUUUUAUCUGCUGACUCUUCUUGGCAACAUGACCAUCAUCUUGCUUUCAGUUCUCGAUUCCCGGCUACACACACCAAUGUAUUUCUUUUUGGCCAACCUCUCAUUCCUAGACAUGUGUUUCACCACAGGUUCCAUCCCUCAGAUGCUCUGCAACCUUGGUGGUCCAGAUAAGACCAUCAGCUAUCUCCGUUGUGCCAUUCAGCUCUACUUCGUCCUGGCUCUGGGAGGAGUGGAGUGUGUCCUCCUGGCUGUCAUGGCAUAUGACCGUUAUGCUGCAGUCUGCAAACCUCUGCACUACACUGUCAUCAUGCACCCACGUCUCUGUGGGCAGCUGGCUUCAGUGGCAUUUCUCUUUGGCAAUUCUCUCAUAAUGGCACCCCAGACGUUGAUGCUACCUCGCUGCGGGCACAGGCGGGUGGACCACUUUCUCUGUGAGAUGCCAGCACUAAUUGUCAUGGCCUGUGUAGAUACCAUGACCCUUGAGGCAUUAGCAUUUACCUUGGCAAUCUUUAUCAUCUUGGCACCACUCAUCCUCAUCCUCAUCUCUUAUGGUUAUAUUGUACAAGCUGUACUUAGGAUCAAGUCAGCUGCUGGACGAAAGAAAGCCUUCAACACCUGUAGCUCCCACCUCAUUAUUGUCUCUCUCUUCUAUGGUACGAUAAUAUACAUGUACCUCCAGCCAGCAAACACUUAUUCUCAGGACCAGGGCAAGUUCCUUACUCUUUUCUAUACAAUUGUCACUCCCAGUGUUAACCCCCUGAUUUAUACACUGAGAAACAAAGAUGUUAAAGAGGCCAUGAAGAAGGUACUAGGGAAAGAGGGUGCAGAAGUACAGUAAAAAGUCAUCAGAUUUGGGGAUUGUCUUUUGACCCAACUUCUAUACAUGUUGUUAGAACUAG